GGCGCUAGCGCUAGCGCUGGCUCUGGCUCUGGCUCUGGGUUCGCUUCGGCCGCCGCUCCGUAGCGAGUCUUACUACUCGUACGUUUGUCGUGGCGCCGCCGUGUGCACUGUGCACAUCGUCCGAGACAGUUGGCGUUGCUGCUGACGAUGUUAUCGCCAUCGCUGCUGUCCUUAUCCUUAUCGUUAUCGCCGUCGUCGUCGCUCUUCGAGUACCGCCGCCGUCGUCGUCGUACCUACAGCUACGCCGAAAACAACUCGCAUCAUUCCGAUUCAAAUUCCAACGUACAAAUUACUCGUACUCGUAUACCAACACCGUUGUCGUCGUCGUCGUCGUCGCGUUAAGGCGUGUAUUUUUAUUCUACGUACCUAACUACGUACGUGUAUUUCGUUUUAUUUAGUAAUUUUUAGUCGGAUAGCUCGUGCGAAUCGCGCGCGUCAUCGUUGUAAAACUACGUCGUCGUCGUCGUCGUCGUCGCUGUGGGCUCGUCUCGUUUGCGGCGAGUUGUGAUUGUGGUCAGUGGCCGUGUGUUUCGCAAGUUUGGAGUCACCUCGCGAGUUUUCAACAACGUCGCACCCUGUUUACAUACAUAACCCAUUCGUAUGUAGCACCAGAUCUCAUCUUAUCUCAUCGCAUCGCAUCCACGGAAAUGCUCACUCGAGCUUGAGGACAGCGAAUCCGCAUAAUCUUUUCUCUCGUUCGCCGGUCUGCCAGCUAGCCAGCCAGCUAGACAUCCAUUCCUUUAGCUUCGAGUAUAACGCUCGCGUACAUUUUACGCAGUCUGUACGUAAUCGAGCGAUUUCGUGGCAGAUUGGCGUCGGCAAGGGCAGCCGAUUGCGCCAUGUUUUCUCGCACACAAAGUACAAGUACAGUUACACGUACACGUACACGUACACGUACGAAUGGUCACACUGACGCCAGCAGCAUCGACUUGGUGGCCUUUCUCGCGAAAAAGUUGUGCGAUCGCACGUGCCAGUGCCAGUGCCAGUGGAGCGUUUAAAAUCUUAUCGCCGCCGCUCGCUGCAUGGAGGAGGGUUGUCGCAGCAAGGAAACCGUUCACAAAUCAAAUAGCGAUCCCGGCGGCGUCGGGGCGACGGCCGCAUCGUCGUCGGCGGCGACGACUGCCGCUGGUGCCGCCGCUGCCGCCGCUUCUUGCCGAAGACAUCGGUCUACCAGCGGCCAUCCUCACGUACCUAGGAAAUGCGUUCUAACUCUGGACGGAUACUCGUAUGUAAUCGUUGCUAGUCCGCCAGACAAAAGUGCUGCUGAUCAGAAAAAGUUGACCACGUCAUCAGCUACAACACCAACAUCAGCAACAGUCGCCGUCACAACAACACCAGUAUCUGCAGUUGCAGUUGCAACUGGCACUGCGACUACCACCUCUACAACAGGCACCAUUGUCGCAGCAAGCACCACCGCCUUUGAAAAAUAUAAAUAUAGCGGUGGCAGUGGACAAUCGACUUCCACUAGCGCUGCAACAACCACAGCCACCACCGCUGCCGCCGCUGCCGCCGCCGCCGCCGCCUCGAAUAAUGAGACCCAAACUACUGGCGCACACAAUGGGCAACUCUCCAAACAAGGUUCUUUGACCAUAGUACGAAGAAGUAGCACAAAAAAAAGUUUGCCGCCGGGAAAAUAUUUUCGCCGUGGCACCAGCGUUACGAUCGCAGACGAUGACGCUUUAGAUGAGAUAGACUUGAACACUGAUAACUUGCCCGCCGUCGACACGCCAGACGCGUGUGACAAAGCUGCCCUCAGAUUACGAUGUUUGCUACGUCAACUACAAAAAGGCGAAAUAUCAGCCGAAUUAUUGCAGAAGAAUCUGAGAUAUGCGGCCAAAGUGCUGGAAGCUGUAUUUAUCGACGAAACUAAAGACAGCAGGCCGCAAUAUGUAUCCUGCGAACGGGACCAACUGACACGGUGCGACAGCCACGUCAAAACCAGCUUACAGACUGCCCCUGUACCGCACGCCGCCGCCGCCGCCGCUGCAGCCGCCGCCGCCGCCGCCGGCGGUCAUCAACGACGUCGCUUGAGAACCCCCGUAUGGGCCAGACGUUUGGUGGACGAGGACGACGAGUUGAGCGAAGUGCAGCCGGACGCGGUGCCGCCAGAAGUGAGAGAAUGGCUGGCAUCUACCUUCACCAGACAACUGGCCACGUCCCGCAGAAGAACGGACGAGAAACCAAAAUUUCGAUCCGUAGCUCACGCCAUACGAGCCGGCAUAUUCGUCGACAGGAUAUACAGAAAAGUUACCAACGCUGCCUUGAUGCAAUUUCCCAGCGAAGUAGUUCGCGUAUUAAAGACUUUGGACGAGUGGUCGUUCGACAUUUUCGAUCUCAGCGAAGCUUCGUGUAAUCAACCGCUCAAAUAUCUAGGAUACGAUCUGCUGAACCGAUACGGAAUUUUUCACAAAUUCAAGGUACCUCCAGCUGUGGUGGAAUAUUUUUUGACCAAAAUAGAAGAAGGUUAUUACAAAUUCAAAAAUCCGUAUCACAAUAAUCUGCAUGCGGCCGAUGUAGCUCAAUGUAUCCACUGGAUGUUAUACCAGACUGGAUUAAUGAAUUGGCUGACUGAUCUGGAAAUUUUCGCCACACUGGUGGCGGCCAUCGUGCACGACUACGAACACACCGGAACGACCAAUAAUUUCCACGUAAUGUCCGGCUCGGAUACCGCGCUCUUGUACAACGAUCGAGCCGUCUUGGAGAACCAUCAUAUCAGCGCCACGUUCAGACUGAUGAAAGAAGACGAAUGCAAUAUUUUGCAACAUCUGUCCAGGGAAGAGUACAGGGAGUUCAGAACGUUGGUCAUAGACAUGGUGUUGGCGACUGACAUGAGUUUUCACUUUCAACAAUUGAAAAAUAUGAGAAAUUUACUAACGUUAGCCGAACCGUUCAUGGACAAAUCGAAAGCUUUAUCGUUAGUGCUACACUGCUGUGAUAUAUCGCAUCCGGCCAAGCGAUGGGACCUGCAUCGACAAUGGACGGCCCGAUUGUUGGAAGAGUUUUUUCGUCAAGGCGAUAAAGAGCGCGAUCUCGGCUUGCCAUUUAGUCCUCUGUGCGAUCGCAACAACACCUUGGUCGCCGAAUCUCAAAUCGGUUUCAUCGACUUUAUCGUCGAGCCAAGCAUGGCGGUGUGCGGCGAUAUGCUCGAAAUAAUUGUAAACGCUUUGAACAGUCCGUCGGUGCAGGUGCAGAUGACGAGCGCAACUUUGCAGGAUCCAACAAGUGUGGAUAGUUCGAGUAGCAGCAGUAGCAGCGGCGGCGGCGGCAGUGGAGGUGGUGUGGGCGCCGGCGGAGGUAGCGGUAGCGGUAGCGUCGAUGGGGCCAACUCUAGACUUGAAAUAAAAAAACCGUGGGUUCAAUGUUUGGCUGACAACAAGCGUAGGUGGAAAGAACAAGCUACCAAAGAAGCCGCUAGCAGAGCCAUUGAUCACCCAAUGGAAGAAUGUACGUCUCAAGAGCAAUUGGAAGAUAUUACCGAACGAAUCGAAGAUCAAUAAACGCGCCUGGCCGUUGAAGAAUACGUUAUUAGUGUUACGUUACGUUACGUUACGUUAGGUUUACGUUACGUUAUGGUAUGUUAUGUUACGUUACAAUAUGUUACGUUAUGUUACGUUGCGUUACGUUACGCAUUACGUAACUUUGUUAAGAAGUGAAAAUUUGAGCGCUGGUCCGCGUUCGUUGGUGCCUUGAUCGCGUCGCGACGCAAUCGGUGCGCUGUAAUCCGCUAUCCAACUAUAGGCUCCGUCUGUAGGCUAACAGGUACUCGACUACUCGUACCGGUAGGUAUCCUGGCUUUAAGCCUAGCUGUUCGCAUAAAUACGCGUAAUACUUAUUAAAUAUCGUAGGUACUAUAGUAGGUUCGUAUUAUUGUGUAUACCUAAACUUACGCGUUACGCCGCCGCGCCGCGCCUUUCCGUUCGUGUGUAUAGGUUAAAAGAACAAGUCAGAAGGUAGAGUACGUCUUAAGAUUAGAGGUAGGUAAGUACGCGUAUAUACUCACGUAUCGUGCAGCGCCCCGUGUGAGGUAUAAAGACGCUGGAUCCGAACUCGGCCUACCAGCAAAAUGGCAUUUUUGGCAACUCGCCAUCGCGUCGUGUCAAAAUUUUUUUCAAAACGUCUCGAAUAGAGAAACGUGCGUUGUUGUUGUUGUUGUUGUUGUUGUUGUUGUUGCUAUGGUUGGUUUUUCGUUUUUGCUUCUUAUCUAAGUUCAUAGUUAAAUGGUCGCAAAACGGCAAAAAUUCAAAUCUUUAAUAUGUUGUUCGCUUUUCCACAAGGUGGUGCGGUGCGGUGCGGUGCGGUUUGGUGUGGUAAUUGACUACCAUAAUUACCUACCUACUUACAUCUCGUGGUGCUAGUUGUACAUACGAGUACAAUGUAUACAAUGUAGGUACUCGUAUGGGUACUUCUAUCAAUUUUACACUAUUUCACGUCCGUGUAAAAUUUCGUUAUAGUAUGCGCGUGAAAAGUAAUGGCGAAUGGUUUGGUCAAUAAAAGUCAUCCCAGUCUAACAUUCUCAGGCACUACCACGAAUUUACCCCUUCCCCCGGGGCAACAGACCUCCUUACACGAGCGAAAGUUCCAUCGCCGUGGUUGUCUCACAUCUUUGUUUCUAAAUGGUUACAUUAGGCCUAUGGCUGGUUAGCGAAGAGCGGUGACUUUCUGCAAUUUUGACAUUUGUUUUUUUAUGGGUGCGAGUGUGAUUUAAUACCGCGACAAGCAUAGGCACUUCCGCGCCAGAAAAAUCAUUACCGCGACUAAAUUGGAAAUUCCCGACAAUAAAGACAAAAUAAUAUUGUACAUACUUAUCGAACGACGAAUUAAAAAAUUCACGACAUUUUAUUACUUUCAACUGCUAUACGAGUAUAAGGCGAUGCGCUACAAAAUUUUUCUAUCAAAAGCGGGCAUUUCACCGACAGAAAUAGUGUUUGAAAAAUAUACGAAGAAACCAAGUGUCGCGAUGCAAUGACGCCAUUUUUUGUCGUGCAAAAAAUAUUUCCCCUUUUUUUAUUCCUGAAAACUGCGCGCGUAUUGUGGUAAGAAGAGGAACACAAUUCACUUCAGUGACACCUAUAUGCUGUGGAGUGACCUCAAACCUUUGUCUUAGAGGUUUUGUUCCAUCGCCGUGGUCAAUUUUCAAUGCAUUCCAGACGGCUCACUAUUGACAUAUUUCAGUAUCUGAAAAUGGCAAAGUUGUUUAGGUACAUACCUAAUAUGUACAUAGUUCGUCAAAUCUUGUCCACUAAUAAAAUAUCAAAUCCGAUCGAAACACGAAUAAAGCAAAACUGAAAAGCGUUGAAAAAAUAUUUGGUGGUAGGUAGUACCGAUGCUAAUCGACAAAAAACGUGAAUUUAAACGACAUUAAACUCGCUGUAUUUUCUCUAUUUUAUAAUAACGUUUUAUCCACCGCCCUUGGGAAUGAUGGGAUUUCCUUCGCCGUGGCAGGGCGGAUUUUUUUACCGAGGCGUACGAAUUUUUGCGUAGAAAUCAUUCGAAUUCGCGGUAUCAUCCCCUUGGCUUCGACCAAAAUUGAAAAUCGGCAGCAUUUCCGGAAACAGCGCCCUCGAAAACCUACGAUCGCGAUAUACGAUAUUUCGACAAACGUGUCGAUUUUUUGUGAAAUGGUCUCAUACCCGCCCCCCCGCCCCCUCCGAGUUGUAAAUUUUCAUUUAUUGCGGUAAGCUACUCGCAAAUCAACGGAAUUCUAUGGUUGUGGUCAACCAAUGGCCCAUGGGCAAUGAAAUUCCAUCGUCAUAGCCGACCACGGCGAUGGAAAAUUUCAAAUGGCUCUCCCCCCCUCCCCUAUGGGAUAUGAGUUGGGUCCAACACUAUCGAUCAAGUCUAUUCCUACCCAAAAGAUCUAUCGUAAGACAUUUUUUUUGGCGGGGAGACAUACAUACUACGAAGUAGUGUAAAAUUAAUAGAACUACCCACCACAUGCGGGGUGCGCAAAAAUACAAAUAUCGAGUACCUCCUCUACCCCUGCUACACUCCCCCCCCCCAAAAAAAAAAUUCCAAACGUUUUGGGUGGUCACACUCCUUAGUGAAUAAUACAAGUAGGCCUAAUACAUAAUGAUAGCAGCGCAUGAUUGGUUGUUGGAUUGAGAUGAGGACAGAGGAGGGGAGGGAGAGAUAACAUUCCUCCAAUCAUACGCGUUUAUUUCACCGUUCGGCGUUCGGCGUUCGGCGUUCACGUUGUCAGCCUAUAUUUUUAAUAAAAAAAACUUUCUCGGUGAUAUUUUUGUGCACCCUGUAUGUACCAUUGUACCCGGCUUGUUAUACAUAUGUAGGUAGACCUACCUGCUGUAACUGCCAAUGCCAAAUCGCAUCGCAACGCAUCGCAUCGGUGCGCCGAAUUCGGAUCCGCGCCUUCGUAUGGUACUCGUACCUACCGUUUGCACUGUAGCAGCGCGACGCGACGAGCGAUACGAGUAUUUAUUCGUACGCAAUACGCAUUAUACGUAUAUUGCGUAGGUAGGUAUUCGUAUUGGUGUACACAGGUACACGUAGGUGAGACUUGGAAAUUAGAAAUUAUAGCUUACUAGCAAGUAGCAACUACGAGUACCUACCUAACUCAAAUUGUGUACGUGUCGUAUUCGUAUCGUAUAGCGCUAGCGUACCUCUAUACCUCUACCUCUACCUCUGCUGUCACAUACUCGUAUACGCGAAAUAGGUACUAAUAGUGUCUGUCUAGCCUACACGUACACAUAGGUAUGUAUAAUGUAUAUGGUACUCGAGUAUUACGUACCUAUGCACCUACUCACCUAUGCCUAUACGUAGUACGUAGUACGUACUCGGCAAGAACGUCGUUGGCUCGCUUCGUACACGACUACGAGUACGCGCCAGUACCUACGUCUUAUGCUAAAAUUUAUUUCAUCCGGGAAAACGAAUGAGGUACCAGUAAUUACCAACCUAUGUGUACGUGUACGUGUACGUGUAUGAGUAUUACCACUACAAUCUGCAUGGUGCGCACAAAUAUUCGUAGGUACGAGUACAGCUAUCGAGUACUCCAAACAAAGUUUUUUGCUAAAAAUACAUAUAUUAUGUACUCGUACCAUAAAUCGAUAUUUCUGCGCACCCUGCGGUACCCCUAUCUACCUACCUACCUACCUAACUACCUACUUAGUUGCUUACUUAUAUACUCACUCACUCUCACUCACUCACUUACUUACUUACUUACUUAUUUACUGACUUACUGACUUACGUACCUGCCUAUUUUAUUCGUCGUACUCGUAAUAAGACGAAAACAAACACCGGGUCCAUAAAACAUCAUAUCAUAAAUUCUUACCAAGUAAUUCUUUCCCCUUUUUUCAUAGAUUUAUACGACGUUUUUACUUUUUUCUUCUUCUUCUUCUUUUCUCUUUUCUCUUUUUACGUAAGUAUUUUUUAUUUAAUUCUAUUCGCGUGCCUAUUUCGGUAUUUGGAUGCAAGUACACAUAAUACGUACUGUGUAAUUUCAUUCGUACCCUACUACCUACAUACGUUAUGCGCCAUGCACCAUGCACCAUUCGGUACAAAGGGCAGCCGCGCCGCGGCCGCGGCCGACACUGGACAAGUGGGGACACCUACUUACGUGGGAAUGGGAAUGGGAAUGGGGAUGGGGAUGGGGAAGCGCCGAAAAUUUUUUACGCCGAGGUUUUAUUAAUUUAGCCGUUUUCGAAAGAAUGCGCGUGUUUGCUGCUGCGCCUGCGCCUGCGUACGAAAUGACUCUAGAAUGAAAUGUUAAAAAAUGCAAUAUGGUCCGGCUAUGCAUGCUGGAUUCGACGAAUAUUCGGCAAACUGCGAGUCGCAAGAUCUAUACUGGUGGCAAAUCGGCAACUCGGCAAAUCAGGCCUCGUAUUUGCCGACAUUUUUGCAACUCGAGUUAUAAGCUUUAGCCCUCACUCGGUUUCUCUAUUUCCGCGAUUUUCUCUGUUUGGCAAAUGCUCGUAGGUACGAGUAUGGUUGUUCCCGUUUUUGAAAAUGUCAAAAGUAAAAAAAUUGACUCGCCGCAAAAAAAAUAAAAAAUAAAACGUCUUCUUCUAGAAUAACGAAUCUUUGAAAACUAUACCGUCCGGUCCUCGCUUUGCUCGGGCCUGUUUUGUUUUUCUUUUUCCAAAUCGGACUUUCUAAAAAAAUCUGCCAUUAAAUUCGAAAAAUGUUUAAAUCGACAAAAAAAGAUUUUAAAAAAUACGUUUCUCUCUUUCUCUCAAAAUAUGAGUUUUCGCCAGCUUUCGCUUUCUUUUUCAUCAAAAUUAAAUUUCAAGAAAAAAAACUGCAAUCAUUCGUAAUUCUAAAAUUUUGCGACAAAAAAAUCAAAAGCUCUCCCUCUCGCUUCGCCCAAACCAAUUUCUCUUUCAAUUCUCUUUGUCGAACUGAAAAAAUUCAAAUUUAUACGCGGUACAUACCUAUUACCUAUAGGUUACAUUAUUUCGAAGCUUCCAAAAACUCAAAAGGAAAAAUGAUGCGCUAAUAAAUCAAGUAGGUCCCUACCUUACCUAUACUAAAAUACAGAAUACUUAUAGGUACAUAUCCGUGGAAAAUUGUCAUUUACGAGUAUCUCGCAUUUCGUUUUGAAAACUCGUCGUUUUCACGCGAGUAUGCGGAAAAAUUUCAACUUUUCUCUCGUUGGUAUCAGUGGGCAAAAUUUCAGUUCACUCGACACGACGUCGCGUCUGCCCUUGCUGGAAAAAAGCUCUAGUUUCGUCGCUGGUGCUGGUGCUGGUGCUGGUGCUGUGGACCAAUCAACACUUGAACAGUAAUGCGUGCAGUAGGCGAUGUCAUAGCAGUAGCAGUACCCAGUUAUUGCCUUCGUCACUCGUCAGCCAACACGUCUACUCGUGAACCUUUACCUACUCGUGUCAGAUCAUCAGUAGGCGCCGCGCCUGACGCCCGGUGGCGCGGCCGUCCGGCCGGGGCCGGCCGGCCGAUUAGUAGAUAAGUGGCGCGAUAUCUUUUGGUAUACGAGUAUAUUACGGUAGAUUUUUAUUCCCUUACUUACUUAUUUCUGAUUUAUUUUCAUUUUUCUUCGUCUUCUUUUUUUUUCGAUUUACCCGACCAUUUAUUGUCUCUAACGUAUAAUGUACUCGUACAUAUCUACCUAUUUUCCUACUCGAUUACCUAUUUAUUCACCUACGGGCUACGACUAGUAGGUACCUGUGUAUUUUGGUUCGUUCUUCGGCUCGUUUGUUCGUUCACGAAUUGGUUUAUUACAUAAAUACUCACUCGGGUAUUUGUAUUACUUACGUACCCAAUACCCAUCUACUCGUAUAUGUACGUACAUACUCGUAUUUGUAGCCUUACUCGUACUUUUAUUCAUUCGGAAGAUUAUUUACUUAUUUUGUUUACAUACCGCAAGUGUCUAUAGUUAGUUACUUACCCGUAUUUACUGUUUAAUUAUUCUACUUGUUACCUAGGUACCUAGACCUACCUACCUACCUACCUACAUAUUUUUGUUCGUCCAUUUUUUAUCGACCAACGCAACCCGCGAUAACGUUUAGGUAACUAUUAUUUUGCCAUUUUAAAAAUAUGUUACCAAAAAUAAGUAGGUAACUUACUAUGUUAUAUGUACCUACUUGCAUUCGUACCUACGCGUAUACGUAUACGUAAGUAUGUCGAAUAUCGUAGGUAUUUGUAAUCGUCAUUUUAUCCUUCGAGUACCCCUUGUACGUAUGUAGGUGCAAAUUAGAGCUUAACACCGAAACUUGGUCGUAAUUGUAGUCGAAUAAAUGUUUUAAAAUUUAAAUUCGUAAUAUUUCCGUAGUGACGACGACGACGACAACAACAACAAACACCAACGAAAACGACCAUACCUAAUUUCAUGGGGAAAAACUGAAAAAUAUAUAGGUACGAUACGAGUAGGUAUAGGUAAAUAUGUGUAACACUGACGUACGCUACGUGUACGUCUACGUACCUUCCUGUUCGUAUACUUACGAGCGAAAGUCUAGGUAUCGACGUAUCGUAUACCUAAUUCGGCAUUCGAUAGACUUACUUAGACCUAGAUGUAAAAUUGUCUAUUAUAGGCUUAGGCACGCCACGCACACGCACACGCACCUACUCAUUUCUUUGGUAGGUACGUAGACGUACGUCGUACCCGCAUGGGCGCAUGCGCAUAUGUUCGCGAGUUGCUUUGUAAUAUCGGUAAGCCGCGAGCCGCGAGCGCAUAGGUAGAGUAGAGGUAGAUUGCUUGAGAAAACAUCGCAAAAAUCUUAGCUAGUAUGGUUACGAGAUAGGUGCUCGUAUGCUUACUAACAAUAAGUACGACAGGUACGACUACGUGUACUCAGUACUCACUCUAUAUAUGUAGACGUAGAGGAAACCUACUACGUAUGUACCUACUUACGCUGACUUACUCGUAUUCGCAUUAUGUAGCUAUCGUACAUAUAAUAUUCAUCUAUCUACCUAUGCGCGAUCAGAUUGCUGAUUACAGCAGUCUACCAAAUCAAUACGUUUCGUCUCGAGGUUCUCGUACAGGGUGCGCAAAAAUAUCGAGUACCCCUGAGAAAGUUUUUUUUUUUAAAUUAAAAAUACUGUAGGUAGGGAGGCUGGCAACGUGAACGCCGAACGCUGAAAUACGAGUUGAUGCAUUUAUGAUUUGUGGAAUGUUAAUACCUCACCUCACCUCACCUCACCUCACCACAGUCCAACAACCAUAAUCGUGCGCUAUGAUUAUUACAUACUCGUAGGUCUAGGUAUCAUUCACUAUGAAGUGACCAACCGACAUGUUUGGCGAAAACAUUUUUGGGGGUAGGUAGGCCUACUUGAUAUUUCUGCGCACCCUGUACGUGUACACAUAUGCACCUAGGCUGUUUACCAACAUAUCCGUUAUUAUGUACAUAUACGUAGUGGAGAUGUGUACUAGAAUUUUUUUUUUUUACUUCGUUUUCGUACUCGUCCUCUUUCUUCAUUACCUACCUCGUGGCUGGUAGGUACUUUAUGUCCUCUACGUACCUACAUUAUGUGCUUUGCUGUCUCGAUGCACCAAUUCUCUGCUUACCUGCAAUCUGCACUGCCGGACGAUAACGUACUCGUACUCGUACCUGACAGAGUACCUUAGUCUUCCUACUCGUACAUGGCGAUGGCGAUCGCAGCAACGUAUAGCUCUUGGCGCAUACGCCAUUGCCAUGUACCUACCUACCUACCUACCUGCUUACUUACUCGUACAUUGAGUAGGUACAGGGUUCGCAGAAAUAUCGAGUACCCUACCCCUGAAAAAGUUUUCUUCCAAAUAUUUUGGUUGGUCACAGCGAAUAAUACGAGUACGAGUACGAGUACGAGUAGGUACAUAGGUAAUAAUGAUAGCGCAUGAUUGGUAGUUGGGCUGUGGUGAGGCGAAGUGAGGUGAGGUGAUAACAUUCUACCAUUUCUACCAAUCAUGCGCAUCUAUUUCAAUGUACUUACUCGUAUGUGUACCUACACCUAGUACCUAGCCACUUACAUACAUACAUUCUAACAAAACAAAUUGUUUGGGGUACUCGGUACUCGAUAUUUUUGCGCUGCUUACCCUCAGGUACUACUUGUACUAACUAAAAAAAGGUAGGUAGGUAGGUAGGUAGGUGCAUGUACUCGUAUACAAUUACUCGUAUUGUACGGACUACGGGACUAGGGUGAUCCGAACGCGCAGAAUCGUACUCUCGUAUACGAGUAACUCGUGCGUUUGCACUAGUCAGCCUAUUCUCCACGUUUGCUAUUGCUUACUUGCAACUUUGAAAAUGCGCGCUUUUGUCCGCAUACCUAUCCUCGACAUCAACUCGAAUGAUGGUGAGCUGUGAGCUGUGAGCGUGAGCGUGAGCGUGAGCGGUAUGGAGUACCUAGACCUACCUAUACUUACCGUAUGAACGACUUACGUAAACGUGCCUACCUACCUACCUACUUACAGUCGACGACGGCAAUACGAGUAUAUACGCAAUAUUUUGUGCCUAGUGAUAACAGACUAUUCGCGUAGUUAAGGUAUAGCUAUUAGUAUUCUAAUUCGAAUUACUUUUCAGUUUUCUCUCUCAUUGUUUUCUGUUUGGUUUUGCCAUCGAACCUCUACAAAUCACACUUUUUAAUCAUCGUCGAUUACCUACAUAAAUCAAGCGGCAUUCGCGCGAAAAUAUAUUUACCUAUAUUUAGAUUUUCCCAAGGGACCAUGUUUAUACUUUUUUCUUCAACUUUCCUUUUUUUAUUAUUUUGUUUAGGUACUUAUUUAUUUAUUUAUUUAUUUAUUUACUUAUUUAUUUAUUUAUCCAUUGAUUCAUUCAUUCAUUCAUUCAUUCAUUCAUUCAUUCAUUCAUUCAUUCGUUCGUUCAUUCGUUCAUUAUCGUUCUUUCAUUCGAAGAUUAAUUGAUUCAUUUAUUCAUUCACUCAUUCGCUCAUUUGUUCAUUCAAGUAAGUAUUAAUUGGUUGGUUGGUUCGUGUGCGUACUUUUAUUACACAAUACACAUGUAGGUGCCUAUUCUAACGUAAAAAACGCUCUUACAUACAGUAGGGUAGGUCUACUACUCUACCUGCUGCUAUACCUAUGUGUACGUAGUAGGUAGUGGUAGAGGUACCUAUACCUAACCACCUACUGCCCAGUGCCCAGAGAGAUUUGACUUUGUUUCGACCGACGCGACGCCUGCUAUUCCACUCAUUGAAUGAGUUACCUACGAGUAAAAUAUUCGGUCAACAACGAUACAAUUAGGUAGGUACAGGUAGGUAUAGGUAUAGGUAUAGGUAUAGGUACAUUUACUUAUUUGCCUAAAUUCACAUUUGUCAAAGAGAAAGAAAUUUUUCUAAAGAUGACCCUCAAAAAAGUUUCAUUCAUCUUUAGCGGUAGGUACAGACAGAAAAAGGGGUAAAAGGGGCAAAAUACGAGUAUGUACCAUGGGGUCGCUAAAUGGUACGAUCGCGUAAUUGGAAAUGUCGCAUUCGUUACUCGCAUACUCGUACCUAUUAUUAUUUUUACACUCAUUCCCAGCCCCUUCUCGCUCCCCCCUUCGCGUUCUCUUUGGUACCUACGUACGUACAUACGUACAUACAAUAAUUGCUCUCUUAAUUCUUACAUACAUACAUAUAACAGACCUGUGUAGGAAACCGAUGCGCGAUGUUUCUGCGUGAGUCUGAGUAUAGGUACAUACUCGUAUCUUACAUACGAGUACAUUCGGAGUAGUUGACAACUACCACUCCUCAAAGUCAAUGACCGAAUAAACUCUGGGGAUAGGUAUUUUAUUCGUCUCCUAAGUAUGUACAAUGUAAUUGAAAAACAAAUAAACAACUAGGUACUCAACAAUCUAUGUCUUCCACCCCUCAACUACUUGUGUAUCUACCUAUCUACCUACCUGCCUACCUACCUACCUACCUACCUACCUACCUAACUAUUUUCAGUGAAAAAAUUUGAGGUUUUCUGUACAGGUCGGUCGUAUGACGUAUGUACCUACAACAACAUAAGUACGAUCUAAAAGAAAGAUUCGAUCGCGCCCCGCGCCCCGAGAGCUAACUGCUAAAUCUCGUUUCCCGCUUACACAUUACUCGCACUACGAGUAUAGUCUACUCACUCACUGUACCAAUUACCCAACAAUUAACGAUACAUACUCGAUUAUUAAAUAUUAAUCGUUAAUUGUUGCGCUUCGGCGAUGUUCUACGAAAUAUGGGGUCGUUCAUUAUGAUUUAUGUAUUACGAAUACAUGAGCCAAGUUAGGUCUCUUCUUUGGCAUCUGUAGGUUUUAUAACUCUUAUACUCGUACCUCUAUUACAUAGGCGGCAGUAGGCACAUCGGAUGCGUGAUUUGUACGCGUUUGAUUAUUUGCAUUAUAAAUACUACGUACCUACUGUUUUUCUUUUUUGUUUUCUUGUCGUAAAAUGAAUAGGUACUUUGUUGUUGGUAUCUACCCAUGUUUGUUUAUUUGUUUGUUUUUGUUUUUUGUUGUUGUUUUUUUUUUUUUUUUCGUACAUAAUUCCUACUUUUUAUCAAUGUUGAUAGUGAGAAAAUGGUUUGUUUAAAAAUCAAUAGUAUCACUACUACAUACCUACCUACCUACCUACCUACCUACCUACCUACCUACAUAUUACAUAUGGUCUGUUUCUCACCUAUAUUAGACGAAAAAUAAUAUCUAUUAUGUAUUAUACCUAAUAUAUUACAUUAGUGAAUGUUAUCGAGAAUUGUUUUUUACUUUCAAAAAAAAAAAAAGUAUUUUAUCAAA